AUGUCGGUCCGCCGCGAAGUGGUCUCGCUCUCCCAGCUGCUGCGUCGCAGCGAUUCCUCUGUCGGUCGACAGCACCGACAAACAGCUCACGGCCCGCCGCCGCCGCCGCCAUUGGCCUUACAAACCUCAAGACAAAGACUAACCAAGCCACGACUGGCGGAUCAAGGUCCAAAGAUCGGAGACAGUCGACCACCAAUCAUCAGCUCCGCGCCGUUCACAGACAAGCCACGGAGCUUCACUCAGAGCGUGCGCGAUGCCGCGUCCGCUUCUCAGCCAGAGAGUCUCCGCUCAAGCUCGGUGUUUGCACCCAUGUCUCAAGAAGCGUUCGAGGCGGAGAGCGAGCAGUGGAGUGCACUGACGUCCAUGUCGCAGUCGUCCGUGUCGCAGUUCCAGUCGCAGAACUUGCUCGGGUCGAGUCAAGAGGGAGAUCAGCUGUGGCGGACGCCAGAGCUGCUGCCGACAGCUCUCCCGCCGCCUCCUGCAACUUGCGGCAUACAACUACAAGAGCUUGAGAAAAGUAUCUCGAAGGCUCUUUCCCAGCAAAUGCUCGACCAGAAACAACAACAGCAGCAGCUCCUAACGGACUUUGUCAGUCCGCUCUCAACGUCAGUGGACGAUAUCCAGAAGAAUCUCGCGUUGUGCACUGAAGCGCAGCACAAACACGACGCAGCUGUUGCGGAGCUUGCAGCAGGCGUGAACAACGUGAUGGCGACAGUCUCGGCGCUUCGUGAGCAGAGUUGUAGCAAUAGCACAGCAGUUUGUGACGAGAUCCGCACGGCAGUGAUGAACGAAACAGCGGGCGUGAAAGCGGUGCUCACGAGCCUCCAAGCCCGUUUUGAGACAGUGGAAGACAGCGUCAAGUCAUGCUCAGGUCUCGUUGCGGAGGUACGUGAAGACGCCGGCACGAAGCACGACGCACUCUUGUCAGCUGUGGCAGCAUCCGCUUGCUCUUGCACUCAAGAAGUCACACCUGUCGAAGCACCGGUGAGUGCUGAGAGACCAAGUAGAAAGCGAAAACGGAGCGUCGAAGCACGGGAAAUGGAUUCCAGGAGCUAUACAUUAGCCUCACUUCUUUGCUCACCAUUAUGUGAAUCUCCAGUCCAAUAUCGAGAGGACGACGACGACGAGGUGUGGAGAGAGAAAGAGGCAAGUGGGAUGCAAUGCACGAGCCUUCAAGGAGCACUUCAGCAGAUUGAAGCUCUCCGCGCAAGGCGUCGCAGCAUUCUGCGAAUAUGGUAA